AUGGUCCAGGAGGACGCGUCGCGGCUGGGCGUCGCGCCGCAGCCGCAGAGCCCGCCGCACCCCGAGUGGCCCGCGUCGAUCAAGUGGCGGUCGUUCCAGACGGUGUGCUUCGCGCCCGAGGCCGGGCCACGGUCGGCGGCGGCGGGCGGGCGCUCGCCGCCGCGCUACUGGUGCCGCCUGUGCCGCGAGGGCGGGUUCACGACGGCGGCGCUGCAGGCGCACGCCAAGGCCGCGCACCUGCGCCUGAGCGACGCCGGCAUGCGCAGCAACCGCGUCGGCGCGCGGGAGGUGUUUGAGAGACACCCCCGCCCGCUGUACCUCCCGCUGUCCGCGGACCCCACGCUCGCGGAGCCCGAGCGCGACCCCGUCCACUCCGUCGUGCACCCCGAGGCGUCGGCGGCCGAGGCCGAGGCGGCGCGCGCCGCGGGGCCCGGCGGGCCGGCCUGGGACGGUGACGCUGGCAGCGGCGCGGGCGGCGGCUCCGGCGACGCGCCGCAGCUCCCGGGCGAGAACGGCGAGAACGUCGAGGAGGACGAGGAGAGCGAGAACAAGCCGCUGCUGCUGGAGCCGGCGAAAGGGUUCCCGGAGCCGCCGCGGCAGCGGCGGAUGAUGCCGUCGUCGGGCGACCCCGAGUGGCCGCCGGGCAUCAAGUGGCGCUGCCAGGGCACGGUGCCGUUCUACCCCGAGGCGAACCCGGUCGUGCCGCGCUCGGACACGCACUGGUGCCGCGUGUGCGGCCGGGGGGGACUCCCGGUGGGGAGUCUCCAGAACCACGCCAAGAUGCACCACCGCGACCUCACGAGCCUCGGCGUGCGCGUCUCCGCGGGCCUCGCGACCUGGGAGGCCGGCCCGCGCCCGCUGUACCUCCCGCUCGCCGCGGACCCCACCACGCGCCCGCCCGGGCAGACGGUCGUCGCGAGCUGCCCGCACCCGGACGCCUCCGACGCCGAGCGCGCGGCCGCGACCGCCGCGGCCGCGGAGGGCCUGAGCGCCGGCAGCGACGUCACGAAGGCGGGCGCGCAGGCGGCGGCGGCGGCGGCGCGCGGGGGCCCAGCGGGGACGCGGCGGAGCUGUUCCCGGCGCCCGCGCGCCACGACCCGGGGCGCGACCCCGCGCAGUGGCCGCCGCAGGUGCGCUGGCGGUGCUUCGCGGCGGUCCCGUUCGUCCCGGAGCAGGCCGGCAUCCACAUGGGCACGCACUACUGGUGCCGCGUCUGUCGCCACGGCGGGAUGA